AUGUCUUUUGACAAGAAAGAUGAUGAGUCAGUCACCAAUUUGGAGUCAGGUGAGGCUUUCGUUGAAGAGAAAGAUAACUAUAUGACCAAGGAGGAAGCAGAGGCGAAAGGCAUCUUCUGGAUUAAUCCUCACCCGGAGACUCGCAAGGAUAAGAUGACAGCGUAUGCAAAGUUGGCGCUUCUGGCACUUCCGUGGGUAGGUGUACAAUGUAUUUGGACCAAGACCACCACACACAAUUUAAUAGCCACGGGGUUGGGAGAGAAGGCUGCAUCUAAUAUCUGGCUCAGUGGGCCACUCAUGGGUUUCUUCGUUGCACCCAUUGUUGGAUCAUUGUCAGAUAAAACGCACUUAAAGAUGGGACGCCGUCGCCCUUGGAUGAUUAUCGGUCUAAUUCUGCUUGCCUUGUUCUCCAUGCUCCUUGCCAACUCAAAGUCUAUGGGGAGUGCUGGUCUUGCAGUUGCAAUGACUUCAUUUAUUUGCUUAGAUGGGUGCAUCAAUGUCAUUCAAACGCCUCUACGUGCCCUCAUUGCUGAUUUCGCACCCCCUUCCCAACAGUCCUCGGGUCAGCUUAUGGCUGCUACAUUCCCGGGUGUCGGUGGUUUGGUACUGGUGCUCUUCUGUCUAGUGCUAUUGGUGAACAUACUCUUCGUUGGCGCCGCUGUGUUUCUGGUUACGGAAGAACACAUCCCUAAAGUGGAGGGCGAGAAGCACUCCUUGGCCGAGUCCUUCAUUCAUUUGUUCGCUUCAAUCAAGGAGCUAACCGGCAAAUUAAUCAUCGUUGGUAUCACUGUAUUUUUCUGUUGGUGGGGUCUUUUCGGUUGGUGGCCUGUAAGUUCCAAUUGGUACACAGAAGUUGUGAUGCAAGGGUGUGGAGUGAACCCCGCCGAUACACCAGUAGGAGAGACGCCUGUGUGCAGUCAAGAGGACUACGACAACUACUCCGAGGGUCUAGAAAUCAUUGCCAAUGUCAAUAUCCUCGCUAAUUUCAUGCAGAUUGUCAUUUCUGGAGGACCCUCGAUGCUAAUGAACAGAGGAAUCCUGGUGAAGACAAGAUUUGUCUGGUCAGCUUUGCUUGCAUUUGGUUGUUUUCUCAUGAUCGGCUCGACUUUCAUCACCGGUUCCGCGUAUGCGUACGCGGUUGGUAUCGGAAUGGUCAUUCCCAUCUCAGGUAUCAAUGCCUUCCCCUUCGCUAUCGUUGGAAAGUAUAGUCAGGAAGAUGAUAAGGAGUCUGGCGAUGAGGCUAAGGUUGGUGCCCAGUUCAGUCUGCUCAAUCUUUUCAUCGUGGUACCCCAGAUCAUUGUCACCCUAGUUGUGGCCGAGAUGAGAGUCUCGAUUGGUCUUGAGGCUGUUAUGGUAAUGAAUGGUGUCGCAUUCGGAAUUGCAGCUAUUGUCGCCAUCUUUAUCCGCGAGAACUCAAAUUACAAAUUUUAA